AUGUCUAAAGCCUCGGAGAGCCCAUUCAAUUCUUUGCUUGUCUCUCCCACAGAGCUUCAUUCGGCUCUUUCCAAUGCUUCUUCAUCMCCCCGCCGCAUCGUCCCAGUGGCAGUGGGGCGCGAAUCGGGACUGAAAUCUUGUGAAGCCAAACAAAUUCCAGGCUCUGUGUAUGAAGCUCUUUCCACAAAACUUGAAAGCAUAUACCAUGUGCGCGACACCACCUCCGCAUAUCCAUUCAUGCUACCUUCACCAUCCCACUUUGCCGUCUCUAUGACCAAACUUGGCAUUCGAGCUGACGACAUACUUGUAAUCUACGACACGCUCGAAACGGGAUUCUAUUUUUCGCCUCGUGUGGCGUGGAUAUUUCGUCAUUUUGGACAUGGCGAUGUUCAUGUUCUGAAUAGUUUCCCGCUGUACGUGGAGCAGUGUUAUGAAGUGCUUGAGGGACAGAAUCUGGGGGUAUUGGCAGCAGGGGAGACUUAUCCGGUGCGAGCGCUGCUGGUACCUAAUGAUGUGGUUGACUUUGACGAGUUGCGUACAUACCUUUCCGCCGGUGGAAGAACGGAAAGUAGUCAAUUCCAGAUCCUUGAUUCGAGACCAGAAGGCCAAUUCUCUGGAUCGGAUACUGGGGGUGCUAUCGUAGGGCAUAUGCCUUCAGCAGUGAAUGUACCGCUUGGCUCGUUACUAAGUACCGAUAAAAGCCUGCUUCCUGCUUCACAACUAAAGGAGUUGUUCGAAGCAAAGGGCGUGAAAGAGACAAAACCUGUGAUCUUGACAUGUAAUUCGGGUACGACAGCCGCUGCAUUGGGAUUGGCAUUAGAUGUGAGUGGUUAUCAGAUGUCGAAGAGGCUUUAUGAUGGAAGCUGGUUUGAAUGGAGGGACAAAGUGACCAAGAAUGAAGGACUCAUCGUCGUGGAUUGA